AUGGAAGCCAAAUGCCCCCAUUCAUCCACUCAUUUGCCUGAAGACCUUACGCAAGAAGACCUCUCCCAAGAGAUCAGCAACUCCCAUCAAUCCCCGUCACAAAGCUCUGCCGCACCUUCCAGCACCGGGAACGGGGGUUCAGCGCAAAGUAUGACCGCCACUACAGCAAGUCUUGAUCCAAUUGUUUACCAAGCUGCCUUGGACUAUCAGUAUAAUCGAGUUCCCUUCCCAGAUCACCAACAGGAUCUCAGCCAGAUGGGCUCUUGGGAUACACCGAUCGAACCGUUCGUCCAUACCCUCGUUAUCGGAAACGAUUUUAUACUUUCUCCAAACUAUCCAUCCGGUACCGCCGUCAACGCUACGGAUGGAUUUCUCGGGUCUGUGGCGGAGGUCGGAGAUACCAAGGAGGAGGCCGUGGAGCUUCUGAGGGCAAACUUACGCCGCAAGCUGUAA